AUGAAGGAGGAGACAGUGGGGUGGCAGGAAGAUGGAUGCAUAGAUACUGCCAUAGAGUUUGUAGCCAUCCAGAAAGCAGGAGCAACCUUUUAUAAAAAGAGUGGCCUGGGUCCAUUGCCUCAAGCUCUAUUUAAUGGCGUGCCCUUUAACAGAGAGGAGAUGGAUGCUGCAGAGUUAGAGACAGUUAUUCUUCAGAGGAUUAUUGAUGCCACCAGAUUCUUCCAGAGGGCGGUGUUCAUGGGUUUGUUAAAUGAUCAUAUGAAUGCAAUGGAUUUUCUUAUGGAUCAGCACAAUGUAGUUUCACGUAUAAACCCCACUGUUCUUGGAGCAGAAAGAAGAUACAUACAUUUCAGAUCCACAUCUGUUCCAUUUGAUGCAGAAGACUUCUCUACUUUCUCCUUUUUGGACUCACAAGAUAAAAGUGCUGUAAUUUCAGACAACAUGAAGUAUUUAACGAAAAAAGAUGAAGAUGCAUUAUAUGCUGUUACUAUCUGGAUUAUUGCUGAUUUUGACAAGCCAUCUGGGAGACGACUGCUUUCUAAUGCCUUGAAACACCUGAAAACAAGCAGUCAUACACGACUUGGGAUUUUGAGCAAUCCUUCAUCAAAAAUAAAGGAAGAUAACACAGCCAUUGCAAGAGGAAUUUUGGCUGCUUUUCUAACCCAAAACAACAGCAACUUAAAAAGUUUCCUAAGUAAACUCAGUAAGGAAGAGACAGCAAAAUCCCUUGCUGCAGGAACUAAAAUUGUUAAAUUCCUGGUCCCAGGAAUGGAUGAUGAUACUUUUGAGAAGAAGUACAACACUUUAGGAGUGGAUUUAAUUAAAACCCACCAGAUGUUCUGCCAGGAGGUUCUUAAGCUGCUUCCUGGGCAAAUGGCUGUCGUGAGCAAUGGCAGGAUACUGGGUCCUUUAUUCUAUGCGGAAGACUUUAAUUUAUUGGAAAAAAUAACAUACAGUACCUCAGCAGAGAAGAUUAAAGCUAUUGUCAAAGAGAUGGGAAACAGCAGUAAAAGUGGCAGUGAUUUGAUUAUGAAAAUAGAUGCCCUACUGUCAUCUUUGCCUAAAACAGAGAUAAGACAAGAUGCUGAAUUACUCAAAGAACAGUACAGCGUAGUAAAAGUCGGUCCCCAACAGAAUGAACCAUUCUAUGAUGUUAUUGCUAUUGUGGAUCCAUUGACAAGAGAAGCACAGAAGAUGGUUCAUUUAUUGAUUGUACUCAAAGAUGUUAUCAAUAUGAAACUCAGGUUGUUUUUGAACUGCAGAUCUAAGCUCUCAGAAGUGCCACUGAAGAGCUUCUAUCGUUUUGUUCUGGAACCAGAAUUAACUUAUGGGAUCAACAAGCGCCUUCCUUCUGAACCUAUGGCAAAAUUCACUGAACUGCCAGAAUCACCCCUUCUGACCCUAAACAUGAUCACUCCUGAAAGCUGGUUGGUUGAAGCAGUGAACAGUUCCUGUGAUCUUGAUAACAUUCAUUUACAGGACAUGAAAGGGACAGUUGUAGCAGAAUAUGAACUAGAAUAUAUAUUGCUUGAAGGACAUUGCUUUGAUGUGACAACUGGACAACCUCCUCGAGGGUUACAGUUCACUCUGGGCACAAAGAGUAAUCCUGUCAUGGUUGAUACCAUUGUGAUGGCCAACUUGGGGUAUUUUCAGCUGAAAGCAAAUCCAGGUGCUUGGACACUGCGAUUGCGUAAAGGAAGAUCUGAAGACAUUUAUCAGGUUUUUUC